CAGCACGUUGUUGUAAAUGGCAGCCGUGUGAAAAACCAAAAAGGGUUCGUUUGAAAUUCUUCGCAUCAACAUCUGUUGCGUUGAACGAUGAUUUGCCGCUUUUGACGCGCACGUGACGGACUGCUGUCGAGCGCUGUCUGUGGUGCUAACACGAGUAAAUGAGAUUUCACAUCCAGUCUAGGUGAAGAAGAUGAGGGGCUUUCACAUGCCCACACAGCUGCUCAUGUUAAGCUGUUUUUGUGCGUCGUGUGUCUUGGCUGAAUGCUUGGCUGCUCCAGUGAACGUGUCCAUCAGUGAUCUAAAGGCCAGUUCUGCUGUGGUGACAUGGGACACACUGGAUGGGGAGUUUGUCAUUGGAUUUGCCAUAACACAGCAGAAAAAAGAUGUUCACAUGCUGCGUUUUAUCCAGGAAGUCAACACUACCACGAGGAGCUGUGCAUUGUGGGAUUUGGAGGCAGAUACGGAUUAUAUUGUGCAUGUUCAAUCUAUCGGUAUAGAUAGACCGAGCCCCCUCAGUGAACCACUGCAUUUUAAAACCCUAAAGGAAGCUGAAACACAGGCUUCUAAAAGCAAAGAUGAAGUAACCAUGGAAGAAGUGGAACAGAGCACUCAGCUGAGGGCAGGAGAAAUCAUCAUUAUUGUGGUGGUACUGGUUAUGUGGGCAGGUGUGAUAGCUCUCUUUUGCCGACAGUAUGACAUCAUCAAAGACAAUGAGCCAAACAAUAACAAGGAUAAAGCCAAGAACUUGUCAGAAUGCAGUACACCUGAGCACACAACCGGGGGACUGUUACGGAGUAACAUUCGAGAGUCCAGUCGACACUAGGCAGUUCCUCAAAAACAAAAAGAACCAAACAUCAUCUGUGA